GGACCACUGUAUUACAGUAGACAACUGUGUUCACAGCCAUCAGAGAGGAUGUUAGUUAUAUUUUACUCCCACCAAUGCCAGCCAGCUAAGGUUUCCUCACUCCACAGGAAGUUCCUCGCCGUGAAUGAUGGUGCACAUGGCGUAGGGAACAAUCUGAGGAAAUGAGGGUGAAAAGAAACGAGAGCUUUUGCCUCUUUGACAAAGUUUCUUUUCAAACUAAUUCAUGUAUCAUUUGACAUUUUGGCUGACACGCUUUUAGUCAAAGUGAUUGAGCUCUACGCCUGGUGUUCGUCUUGGUGCGGUCAGAAUCACAAUGUCCCAUGGGACUUACUUACAGGAAUCAACUUUGCGUUGAUUAUGAUGAGUGUGACGGUAUCGACGACAGCGUAUGUGGCAGUGGCGCUGUGUGUGUGAACACCAUUGGCAGCUACAGAUGCGACUGUCGUGAUGGUUACAAAAGACUAAAAGUCUGUGAAGAUAUAAAUGAAUGUAGCGAGAACAAAGACCUAUGUGGACCUCGGGCCACAUGUCAUAACACCAUACCGUACUACUAUUGUGUGUGCAAUGACGGAUUUGUUAGCAGAACAGGAGGACAUCACGAACGUAACGUGACUUGUGACGACUUGAAUGAGUGUCUGCAGGCAAAUGUUUGCGCACAUGAUCAGAUGUGCAUCAAUACGAACGGCAGCUAUUACUGCGCCUUGUCACAGUUACUGAAUGUUUCUUCAGAAGAAAAGCCAUUUGAAGACACAUGUUUGUCAUAUAACUGCGGAAAUGGAACCUGCUACAUCGGAGACAGCGGCCAUUACUGUGCAUGCCACACAGGGUCCACCAAUUAUGGCAACAAAACUGCUCCUUGCAUAGCAUUAAACUGCAAUGCAUUUGAGGAAACGGAGAAUCUGAGAGCGAAUCUUCCCAUUGCAACUGAACUGAUGAAACUGCUGCAAAAAGGCUGUGUGCAUCUCGCAGACAACAAAGGUCCAAACGACGGGCUUGUGGAGAUGAUACUCUCGAAACUCUUGGAUUUAAUUGAUCAGAUCUUGUUAACCGGAGUCCUCAAAGACAACAAGCAGGUGUCCAUCUUUCUUGACAUAGUGGAGAGUGUUCUGAGAUUGGUAGGACCUUACAUAAAAACCCCCAGAGCAACGAGAUCCACCACCACAACAGAUUUGGAGCUUCUUUCAUACCAAGGACUUGUGUCACCCAAGGGGGUUGUGACAUUAUCAACCAAGCCAGUCAAGUUAGAUAUCCAUUGGGAAACAGUGGCUGGAGAUUCCUCGCAGUUCCAAGGCUUUGCAGCCGCGUUCCUGCUCACCUACGCAAACCUAGAGAACUACACUGAAGGCUACUAUAGUGGCAUGAAUGCACAGAUAAAUCAGAGCUUCAUUAUCAACUCCAAAGUGGUGACCGUCUCCGUCACCAACAGAAACACAAGUUACCUGGAAGAGCCGGUCACGCUGACUUUCCAACACAACAAACAGGUGAAUGGCGUCCACCACACCUGUGUGUUCUGGAAUGCCACCCACGAGGGCGGCACCUGGUCUUCUAGCGGCUGCACCAAGGUGGAGUCCAACUCUGAAUUCACCGUGUGUUCCUGCAACCAUUUGAGCACCUUGGCCGUGCUGAUGGCCCUCUACGACGUAGAGUAUAGGUUUGAGUUGCAACUGAUAACCAGGUUGGGCAUGUCCUUGUCGCUCGUUUGCCUGCUGGUGUGCAUCCUGACGUUCUCGCUCAUCCGUCCCAUUCAAAGCCCCAGGACCACCAUCCACUUGCACCUGUGCAUCAGCCUUUUCAUCGCUAUCGUCCUCUUCCUUGGAGGCAUCUCUCGUACAGAGAACAAGAGUGGCUGUGCAGUGGUGGCCGGCUUUCUUCAUUUCUUCUUCCUGGCAUCCUUCUGCUGGAUGUUAAUGGAAGGCGUGCAGCUCUUCAGAAUGGUCAUCCUGGUGUUCCACACCAACUUCCAGACCCUCUACAUGAUGGCAGGCGGCUACGGCAUCCCAGCUGCAAUCGUGGCUAUCUCGUUUUUUCUCAACCCCAAAGGAUACGGCACAGAAAAAUAUUGCUGGUUAAAUCUGGAGUUCAUCUGGAGUUUUUGGGCCCCGGCUUGUGCCAUCAUUGCUAUAAACUUAGCCUUUUUCAUGAUUACCAUUUGGAAGCUGGCGCAGAAGUUCACAGAUUUAAACCCAGACCUGGACACCUUGCAGAGAAUCAAGGUAUUCACCGGUACUGCAGUGGCUCAGCUGUGCGUGCUGGGCAUCACAUGGAUCUUUGGCUUUUUCCAGUUUGAGGAGAGCACAGUAGUCAUGUCUUACCUGUUCACCAUCUUCUCCAGCCUCCAGGGGUUCAUGAUUUUCAUUGUGCACUGUGUCUUCUCCAAACAGGUCAGGGACGAGUAUGGCAGCUUCCUGUGCAGAUUCUGUGCACCGCUGAAGAAAAACAGAGACUUCAGCUCACAUUCCAGCAAACAGGCGUCCAAGAGCAGCCAGUACACGGCGGAGUCACGCCUCUGAGGAGCGCAAAAGUCUCAUUCUUCCGUCAUACUCAACAACCGCUGGCCAUCAUUGAUUUGCACUUGAUGCACCAUUCUGCAAAAUGAUAUCAACUGCAGUAUUUUUCACUAUGACUCCACUCGAAGCUCCUGACAUGGGAAUGUUAAUCGUGUCACAGUAAUUCGGUAUUCUGUUGUCUAAACUGAGAAAUUGAGUCAAUGUGUUCAAAUGACACAACACCAAGUGCAUAAUGUGCUUUAUGCGUAUUCCUCCCAUUUGUUUCAUAAGUGGAUUUAAACCAAAUGAUCAAAAUGAUUAAUAAUUGUAUCACGCCUGUCAGCUUGUGUCACCCAGGUACUGUAUCUAAUUAGCCCAGAUAAGCUCUGUUUGAUGUCUCUUAUGUGGCUUAUUUAAAUUUACAUUGUAUGAAUAUUGCCUCUAAACUUUUGUCUAUGAAUAUGUUGGAGUGUAUGUUGUUUCCCUGUCCUUUUCCACUGUACUAAAAUGUACUAUGUAUGAAUUUUUGUUAUUGACAAAGAGCCUGGUAAUACAUUUACGGAAACAUGAAUUAGUCAGGCUACUUAAGUAUUUAAAAUCAAAUCAUAUACAAUAAACU